AUCGUAUCCCCUCUUUAUCCACAUGUAUGCUUAUAUAUAAUGCUAUUUUAUUUAAAGAAUUUUAGUGACUACAAUACUUUGGAUUCAGACAUUUACAAAUAGCUGAACCGUUCGCACGAUCCACUAAACGCAGGGCUAUCUUAGAAGUUAAUCUUCACCGGUCCAAUACACUUAAAUAAAACAAAUAUGGUUUACUCUUCCGACUUUUACACUUCCCGCAGACCGGCGUACUACAAACCGGCCAGUUCUUAUUCAGUCACCCCACUGUAUUCGUCCGAUGGCUAUGAUUUGCCACCUACUUACUAUAAGGCGCAUCAAGUCUAUCAGACGAGUACUACGCCUACUCCAUUUAUCUUAACACCAUCGAUAUCAACUGGGAAACCAUCUUCAAAAGUUUUACCUUACAACGGUUAUCCUUAUAAUCACCAUCACUACGUACCAUUACACAGAAGAUCCGCAGCUACAAUUCAUGGUGUUUUAGAUAGGAUAGAACAUCGUCCGCGAUCUCAUCCAUCGUACGACGCUACUGAUGAGUAUCUAAACUCUAGGAGUUCUACAAACUUUGAUGAUGUUACAAGAGAUAUCCGGGCUCAAACUGCUGGAUUGCUUAAACAAGUAUAUACUCCUACAAUCAGACCCAAAAUAUCUUCGGUGUCUAAUGGAUAUAGUGAAUUACCUAUAGCACAACGUAUAGAAUCUGAUGCUUAUAUUGAAAAGAUCCUUUCCGACUCCGAUUCAUAUCGCCGCGACAACAGUAUUGGUAAAGGGCAUUUGGCUUGUGUGUCAUAUGCUGGUGGCAAGGCAUAUCCAAGGAGAAGGCCACAUUUGUCAAAAGAAGUUGACGACAAUAUCACUAUGUUGUCUUAUUACAACAAAACUAGAGAAGCUGUGGCGGCAUCCUCAACAAAUCCAACGGUUAAAGUAAAUAAUACAGAAACUCCGAAAUAUUAUCCGAAAAAAAAGUUAGAAGAUGAAAGUAAAAAUAAUUUUAAUAAGAUUGAGUCCACGCAAAUAAUUUCUAACAAGAAUUUAGCAGCUGAAAAGGAAGCAACUCGAUUAGCUUCAGAAAAAGAAGCAGCAGAAAAGGAAGCAGCUCAGUUACAUGCUGAAGAGGAAGCUGCUAAAAAAGAAGCUUCUAAAUUAGCAGCAAAAGAAGCAGCUCGGUUAGCGUCUGAACAAGAAGCAGCUGAACAAGAAGCCACUCGGAUACUAGCUGAAGAGAAAGCAGCUGAAAAGGAAGCAGCUCGGCUAGCAGCUGAAGAAGAAGCAGCUCGGCUAGCAGCUGAAGAAGAAGCAGCUCGGCUAGCAGCUGAAGAAGAAGCAGCUCGGCUAGCAGCUGAAGAAGAAGCAGCUCGGCUAGCAGCUGAAGAAGAAGUAGCUCGGCUAGAAGCUGAAGAAAAAGCAGCUCGACUAGCAGCUGAAGAAGAAGCAACUCGACUAGCAGCUGAAGAAGAAGCAACUCGACUAGCAGCUGAAGAGGAAGCAACUCGUCUAGCAGCUGAAGAAGAAGCAGCUAGAAGAUCUGCCGCUGAAGAAGAUGCAGCUCGAUCAGCAUUAGACAAGAAAGUUGAAGAAACCGAAGAAACUGAACAAGUAGUCAAUGAAUUUACUACAGAAGAAGAAAUCGAUCAAUCCGAACAACAAAUAGAAUUGUCUGAGAAAACUAGAGAUAUAAGCUCGGAAUCCCAAGAAACUAAUGCUGCUGCGAUUGCAAAAUCGUCAACUACAACCACCUCCACGGAAAUAAUUAACGAAGAUGAAGGUGGGGUUAAAACGACUGCAGUAUUUCAACGAACAAUCAAAAAGACAACUACCAUAACAAGUAGUACCUCUGUUGUAUCUGAAAACGACGGAGAUAUUAGUUCAAAUGUUGAAAUACAAGAGAUAGUUGAAGAAAACGGUGACAUUGGCGAAGACGAACAUGACACCGAGAAUAUAGAUGUUGCUCAAGCAGAAGGACAAGAAUCGUCUGAGGAGGAAGAUGAAUCAGAAGAGGAAGAAGAGUCCGAAGAAGAAUAAAAGUUUUUUUUUUAAGUUUAUUAUAUUAAAUACAUUUUUAUUUAUAUUAUUUAUUUCAAGAUUAUUAUAAUCAUUUAAAUAUUUAUAAUUUAUAUAGGUUAAGUUUCUAUACACAGUGUUUAAAUUAUUAAUAAUUUUUAAACAUUCAAUAUUGUCGUUAUGUUAUAGACAAUAGACUUAUAAGAGUUUGCAUUUAAAUAGUAUAACAUUUAACAUC